CACAUUCACGCACGCGCAUCUUUUAUUGUUUCUUCUCUCCAUCUUCCACCGUUUCAUACGAAAACUCCUCUCUCUCUACCUUUCUCUCUCAAACCUUCUUUCUUUCUCCGGCCAGUGUGUAAGAUAAGAUGCUCAAGGAACGACGGGUUUUACCGGUUACAAGCAACAGAGACAGGGUAUCGCCUUACCCGCUACGCUCUUGCCGUAGCAAGAAACAGAAAGAAGUCGAGUCAUCACCUCUCGAUGCAGAGAGUGUGAGUGAAUGGGAGGGCGUCAGGUGUGUGAUAUGCAUGGAGUCACCACACAAUGCUGUCCUCUUGCAAUGCUCUUCCUUCUCCAAAGGAUGUCGUGCUUACAUGUGUGACACAAGCGCACGUCACUCCAACUGCUUCAAACAAUACCGCAGAAACAACAGCAACAGCAAGAACACAAGCCGAUGUACUAACAAGACUCUCUACUGUCCCUACUGCAGAGGAGAGGUUUUCGGGACGUUGAAGUCUACUUCUGCACGGAGAUUCAUGAAUGCGAGACCGAGGUGUUGUGCUAUGGACAAGUGUGAUUUCUCUGGGACGUAUACUCAGCUGAAGAGUCACUUGAAAGCUGAGCAUCCGGGUUUUACACCUCCAAAAGUGGAUCCUUUUGAGAAACGCAAGUGGGAUGAUUUGGAAAGAGCUGAGUUCAUUGAGAUGAUAAACGCUCGGCAGAGAUGGGAAUCAGAACAGAGAUCUGUCUAUCAGCUUCCACACCACCAUCCUAUGAUUGAUCUCAACUUUGAUGCUUUCAUGCACAAUCUUUUUAUUGGUGUAAGGGGUCAAGCAAGUACUGCUGCCAAUAGUCAUGGUACCAGAUGGACUCCGUGAAGAUUCCAAGGGCCAAGUGUAUGAUGAAUUCAAUCGAAUUUUUGGUUUUUAUACAAACUGUACUCUCAGUGUUUAGGUGUUUUUUAUAGUGACAUCAGCUCUUGUUCUAGGCAUGAUUCUUAUGUCGUUUGUAUUUAUGUUUGUGUUAGUCAAGUGUUCCAUAGUUGCGAGCUCAGCUUCUUAUAUUCAGAUGAUUCUGUCUAAAAAUCAAAAUAUACAUUCACAUUUGUUCAUGCUUUGUUAUAAGGUUGCA